AUGGGUAACGUUUCACCACGUAAAUCAAGAUCCUAUCAUGAUGGAUUUUCUAAUCAUUUAACAUUAACACCGAAUCGAUCAUCAUGGAAAAAACAAUUACAAAUAAUUAAUGAUACAUUUAAUAUUAAAAAAAUUUCUUUACGUCAUCAUAAUACACAUAACAAAAAUAAACGUUCUGGAACAACAAUUGAUGACAAUAAUCAUCAGUCAUAUUCAACACAAAAUUUUCAUGACUUAACGAAAUGUCAUACAGGAAAAAUUACAAAUAAAAAAUUAAUUAAAACAAAUCAACAACAACAACAAAAUAAUGUUAAAAAAUCAUUUAGUCUUUUUUCAAUAAAACAACCAUUAAAUGAUAUAACUAAUAAAGAUAAUUUAAUUAAACCAGUAGAAGAAGAACAACAUCAACAUCAUCAACAACAACAAGAACCAACGAACAGUACAAUAAAUACUCUUAUUCAACGUAGACGAAAAUCAAAAUUUGAACCACCACCGCCAACAACAACAGUUAAUAAACGUCAUACAACAUUUAUUACACCAACAUAUCAUUUACCAAAAUCUCAAUCACAAUCUCAAUUUUAUCAACAUUAUCGUAUUCAAUUAUCAUCGAAUGGUAAUAAAUCGGAUACUAAUAAUAAUAGAUUAACAUCAAGUACAAAACAUGUUCGUUCAAUAGAAAAAACAACAACAACGUCAACAACAACAACAACACGAAAAACAAUAAUUCAAGCAUCAACAAGUGAAUUAUUACGUUGUUUAAGUGAAUAUUUAUGUUCAUCAUGUUCACAUUUAUUACCGAGACUUGAUCCAAUUGAUUGUAUUAUAUGGAUAAAAAGUGCUGAUCGUCAUCUUAUAUUACAAGGUUGGCAAGAACAUGUAUUUGUUAAUCCAGCUAAUAUUGUUUUCUUCUAUUUAAUUGUACGUGAUACAUUAACAUAUGUUGUACCAUCGACAACAAUUAAAAGUGUUUCAGAAUUACAUUCAAUUGUAUUAACUUGCCUGUAUUUAUCAUUUAGUUAUAUGGGUAAUGAAAUAACAUAUCCAUUGAAACCAUUUGUAACAAAUAAUGAAACACGUGAUGUUUUUUGGCAACGUGUUGUUUUAAUAAUGGGACAAUUAAGUUCACAAAUGUUAGCUAUUAAUCAGAAUCCAAAAUUUUUUACUGAAUGCUUUUCAGAACUAAAAACCUAUAAUCUAGUCCGUUAA